AUGCAUCUUGCCGAGUACUUGUUUUCUCGUCUCCACCAACUUGGAAUCCGAUCUGUAUUCGGGUGUCCCGGUGAUUUCAAUCUUACCUCGCUCGACUAUCUUGAACCAAGCGGACUCAACUGGGUUGGAAAUACCAACGAGCUUAAUGCUGGUUACGCAGCCGAUGGCUACGCACGCAUCAAAGGAAUCUCUGCGCUAAUGACCACACUCGGCGUGGGGGAGCUUUCCGCCAUCAAUGCACUAGCAGGCUCAUGUGCUGAGCUUGUACCUGUCAUCCAUAUAGUGGGCUAUCCAUCAACAGAGGUUCAAAAAAAGCGACUCCCUAUGCAUCAUACGUUAGGAGAUGGCGAGUUUGAGCGAUUCGCUAAAAUGAGUGCGGAGAUUUCGAGUGCUGUGGUUGUUCUGAAAAACCACUCAAAUGCAGCUAGACUCAUUGAUGAAACAAUUCUUGAGUGCUAUCGAUCUAGCAAGCCAGUAUACAUUGGCUUCCCCAUGGAUCUCGUCAAAGCAGAAGUAGAUCCAUCUCCGCUUGCGCACCAGCUGACUGUUAAAGAACUGGCUACGAACCCUGUAUUAGAGGAAGAAACUGCGGUGGAUCUCAUUCUAGAUCAUAUUCUGGCGGCCCAUAACCCGAUCAUCCUUAUUGAUAGUCUGGCCAGUAAGCCACACAUUUUGAAAUCGACGAGAUCGUUCGUGGAAAGUUCAGGGCUGCCAUGUUUUAUUAUGCCGAUGGCCAAAGGAGUCAUCGAUGAGACUCUGCCCAACUUCCGCGGCGUAUACGCAGAGAGAGCUUCGCAUCCCUCCGUUUUGGAGGAGGUUCAAGGCUGUGACCUGAUUCUGAGUAUUGGACCACGCCCCACAGAUCUAAACACAGCUGGGUUCAAGACCGAUAUGCCACACGUUGAGACCAUCAGGUUCGAGCGUGACAGAGUUGCACUGCAGUUCGAAGAAUUCCCAGGACUCGCAUCGAGCGGCGUUCUCACAAAACUAGGCAAUGCUCUCAUUAGGGAAAAGGCAGGGUCAAUCUCGCCGGCCUCUACAGCCCCGCACAAGCUCAGCGAUUCACCCGAUAUGACUAGAUCUGUCUCAUCUGCCUCGACGCCUCCCAAGGGCAAUGUCAAUGGCGAUGGAAUUCUAAACCUCCAAGGCAACAUAACCGACAAGUCUGCGCCCUUGACGCAAGACUGGAUUUGGCAGCGGAUCAGCUCUUGGCUCGAGGAAGACGACAUCAUAGCCGCAGAUGUAGGAACCUCCAGCUUUGGCACACUGUGGUCACGGUUCCCACGUGGAGCAGUCCCAAUGACCCAGCUACUCUGGUGCUCUAUUGGGUACGCCGUUGGCGCAUCCGUGGGAGCUGCCAUCGCUGCGCGUGAAUACGAGGAGAGUUCCAAGGGGAUUCAGAGCCGGCGGACUAUCCUCUUCACUGGCGACGGCAGUCUUCAAAUGACGGUGCAAGAAGUCAGCACCAUGGUGAGGUGCAAGCUCGGGAUUAUCAUGUUUGUUAUCUGCAAUGAGGGUUACACGAUCGAACGCCUCCUUAACGGGGCGGAGGCCGAGUAUAACGACAUCCAACCUUGGGACCAUAGGCUUCUUCCGACUGUUUUCCAGGCCACGCCUGAUAGCGUUCGCACUUACACUGUUCAUACGACAGCCGAGUUGGAUAGCCUUCUCAUGGACUCAUCAUUUGGGCCGGCUGACAACUUUGAUGAGAAGAACCCGCCGCCUUUGCGUCUUGUUGAAUUGCAUAUGGCCAAGCAUGAUGCACCGGAGUGUUUACAUGGAAUAGUUGAUGCCAUUUUCGAUUGA